AUGAAAAGAACUCAAGCUCAACAAUCAUUAUUGCAUUUUUAUAAAAAAUCUAAACAGUCCACCGAAUCCGUCGAUGAUACAGUUCUAUCUACAUCGAAUGUUUUACAAGAUGAUGACAUUAUGGCAACACUUGAAACAGAAAAAACAGCUCCAAGUCCACCAGUUAUUUCUCCGGUAAUUGAAUCUAGUUUAAAAUGUUUAGAUUCUAAGUUUGAUAUAGGAGGUUAUGUUGAAUGUAAGAAUAAUUUAAGUGACGAAGAGAAAGUUUCAAUUUUGCAAAACGCUGGUAAGGGAUCUCAUGAGAAGUUAGGUAAACUUGUUUUAAAACCCUUGACAAAGCUAAAAGACGCAUUGGAAGACUUUAGAAAUCACGAAAAAAAUGAUUACCAUAAAAAUUCGUUACUUACAGCUGACAACAUAAAAGCAAUUUUAGAAAAAAAACAAGAUAAUAUAUUAGUACAAUUAAAUAGUAAACGAAAAGAUGAAGUUAUAAAAAAUCGCGCAAAACUUAAACCAAUUAUUCAAACAAUUCGGUUAUGUGGUAGACAGCAAAUAGCAUUACGGGGGCACGAGGAUUCUGGUAGAAUUUCUUUAGAAGAACCAAAAAAUAACGAUGGUAAUUUCCGUUGUUUGCUUCGAUAUCGCUCGAAAAAUGGUGACAACGUGUUAAAAGAACAUUUGGAAACUAGUGGUUGUAAAUCUAUGUAUACAAGUCCACUUAUACAAAACGAAAUAAUACAUUUGUUUGGUGAUUUAAUUCAGUCAAAAAUUCUUGAAAGAGUUUCAAAAACUAAUUUUUAUACAAUACUUGCAGACGAAACAACUGAUAUUUCACAAAUUGAACAGUUCUCAUUAUGUAUUCGUUAUGUUGACGAGCAGGUUUUUUCAAUUCGAGAAGAUUUUCUUACAUUCGUUCCGGUAUAUGAUAUAUCUGGUGAAGGUUUGGCUAACACGAUUAAAGAAACAUUAAAAAAAAUUGGUUUUGAUUUGAAUAAAAUGCGAGGUCAGGGUUACGAUGGGGCUGCAGCAAUGCGUGGUCGUUUUAGAGGUGUUCAAGCAAUUAUUAAAGAUAUGUACCCAAAAGCAUUAUACACACAUUGUGUAUCACACUCACUAAAUCUUUGUUUAUCGGAUGCUACAAAAUCUCAAGAUAUUCGAAAUGCUUUUGGUAUAAUAAGUGAAUGCUGUUCUUUUUUUAACAGUUCGGCAAAUCGAACUACCGUCCUCAAAAAUAAAAUAAAAGAAAUUAAACCAAAUUCACAAUCUACAAAAUUGAAAUCUUUAUGUGAAACUCGCUUGGUGUUACGCCAUGAAGCAGUUAUGCUUUUUAAAGAAUUUGUAGAACCCGUUGUAGCUGCAUUAGAAGAAGUGCAAAAUUAA